GCAAAAGCCUCGACAACGGUUCCAACAACGAGAGCCAGUUCUCACUUGGGCAUGACGUAGUGCAGUUUGCAUGCCUCUCUGCCUUUCGUUCUACACUGCAGUUGCUGCGUUAUUCAACAACCCAAAACGUGGGAAACACUUGCUGGACCAAAACGGACUAAAAGUGAAAAGUUUCUUCAGUGAAUUGUGAUCGGAUAUUGCUACACCACAGACCGCAAUACGAAUUAUAAGAAGAGGUGUAUGAAGCAUCGUCGAACUGGAUCUCGCGGCGACCGAAAAGUGACAAGUGUAAUAUAACAAGUGCAUACGUAUAGUAUAUAUAGUUCAGUGCCCCUGUGCCUCUGCCAUGAUAGCCGAUCUGAAAUAGGAGUCAUGACGAGCAAAAUUCACAACUCUAGAACAGGAAACGGGCACAGUCUGAGUGUUCUAGAUCUGGCAGCCAUCAGACGGCUACUGGACACCGAGAUCACAUCGGAAACCUGUCCUAGCUGCGACAUGCCCUUUGACAAGGGUAAAAAACGAAGGCUCAUCGAUAACUGUGGACAUGAACGUUGCUACUCGUGCAUGUUCACCAACGAAUCUUGCCCAUUAUGUUCCUUAAAUAAUUCUAAGAAAACUGUGGAUGAACCAAUAGGAAAAAAUCUAAAUUAUAUGGAGCUAAGAGGGUCCGAAAUCACGCUGUAUGGAGAACUGCCCCAAAUAGAAAUGAGUAAAGUAGAAAAAAUUAAGGCUGAUCCAGUUAGAAAUGGAAAUCACAUUACAAAGGGUCGUCAAGGAUUAUCGACGUCCGGCGUGGAACUCGGCCACCCGGAGAAAUUGCCAAAGACGCGACCCAGUAAUCCAAGGAUCAAGUUGGACCACGGCGUGAUGACGCAGAGCUGCCCGACGCCUCCGCAACUUCGAAAGAAAUUUUUUCUCAGCCCGAAAGGAUUGCGUAGUCCGUUUUCGGCGAGAAGUUCAAGGCAAUCUUCAGCAGCUGAUUCAGCCGUCUCAGAUGAUGAAGGAAACGCCAAAUCAUCUUCUUCAAAGAAAUCUUCGGAUAGUGAUAUGUAUAUGCGUCUUGGUUUGCUAUUGGGCGAUGGAGCCAGAAGGGCCAAGAAACCCACGAGGCAAUUUAAUCACGAAUCGUGUUCAUCUUUGGCGAGUUACGAAGCAUCCGCAAUGAUGUCCACAAAUACAAGUCCCGUCUCAACUUUAACAGGCAGUUCCGAGGACCAACAUAGGAACAACCCCAGUUCCGAUAGCGUUGCUUCUUUAAUGUCCAUGUCAAUGUCUGGACAAAGCAAUUGCAGUUCCAGCCCUGUCAGCAGACGACAUAGUGUUACAGCAUCUCAACCUGGGCAUGUGGAUGAUCUCAGUCUGUUUCGAAAUAGAAAAACUUGCGUACGAAGAUCUGCUCGAACUGGCGUUAUAAAAGGCCCUGUCGAUCCUAAAAUUAGGUUCGCACAGUAUAGAAAACCUCAAUUGAUGUUAAAACCUUUAUUCUUCGAGGUGCCCCUACAAGAACCGGAACCUUUGUUUUUAGGAAGGUACUGGCUUAUAAAAGAAAUUGAAGAAAUAGUUGCUUCAUCAAGUUCUGGGGUUUUACUAAUGGGCAAUCCUGGAGCUGGUAAAACAGCCUUUAUUCUACAACUAGUAGAGUACAGUUGUUUUGGAAGAAAAAAGGAUCCAAUCUACCAAACUCCAAACUCGUCCAGGGUACACUCUCCGGAGCGCUCGAUGAGUCCGCAAAGCCUUUCCUACCAUGCAGAUGUUUUAGGAGAAAAAAUAAAAAAUCUUGCGGAUAGCAUAGUGGCCUAUCACUUUUGCCAGGCCGACAAUAACAAUACUUGUCUGGUACCUGACUUCAUUCACUCCUUGGCUGCCCAGUUGUGCCAAGCUCCGCAGUUGACUGCCUACAGAGACCAUCUUUUAAACGAGCCACAUUUGCAAGCUGCCUUAUCGCUAAGAGAAUGCAUUGCCAAUCCUGAUGUAGCAUUUACCAGAGGUAUUUUAGAACCUUUAGUGAGCUUAAGAAGAGUUGGAAAAAUUGAUUCCUUAAACUGUGUUAUACUGGUUGACGGUCUUUGCGAAGCAGAAUACCAUAGACCUGACCAUGGAGAUACUAUAACCACAUUCCUUGCGAAGCAUGUGGCCAACUUCCCAACGUGGUUAAAAGUACUUUGUACUGUCAGAUCUCAAUUACAGGAAGUCACUAAACAGCUACCCUAUACCAGAGUUACUCUUGAUAAUUUUACUACCAACGAAGGCAUUAAUAAAGAUAUAUUAGCCUACAUAAAUUUUAGACUACAAAGUAGUCCUACGAUACAAAGUAACGUUACUAUAUCUACAACAGGAAAAGUGGAAAGUUAUGGUGCAUCGCAGCCAAAAUUCGCUCAGCAUUUGUUGCAAUUAAGUCAAGGUUCCUUUUUAUUUGCCAAAUUAACAUUAGACCUUCUCGAAAGAGGACAAUUGGUCGCAAAAUCUUCUGGAUACAAAGUCUUGCCCGUUACUCUUGCCCAAAUUUAUCUACUACAUUUUAAUUUACGAUUCCCUACAAUACGAUCCUUCGAAAAAGUCACACAUAUUCUGAGUGUAUGCCUUACGGCUCUAUAUCCUCUUACAAUUUUGGAAAUUUACUAUUCAGUAAAUUCGUUACUCGCGGACAAAUUUCUUCCCUGGAGUGAAUUUCUACAAAGGUUUAAAUUGCUAUCUGGAUUUUUAAUAAAAAGAUUGGACGACACUUACAUGUUCUUUCAUCCAUCGUUUAGGGAGUGGUUGAUAAGAAGGGAUGAAUGUGAAUCGACCAAGUUUUUGUGUGAUUUGAGAUCAGGGCAUGCUGGUAUUGCUUUUAGAUUAAGCAGAGUGCAAGCUCCUUUGGAUCCUGAAAAAACUCUUGAACUGGGACAUCAUAUUUUAAAAGCGCAUGUUUAUAGGAACGUAUCCUCGACAAAUAUAAGUUCAAGGGACUUGCAGGCUUACUGGGUGGCUGAAAGUUCAGAUAAUGUAUCAGCAGCUUUAUGUAACUUGAGGAACAUGUACAGUCCUAAUGUUAAAGUGUCAAGACUUUUGUUGUUAGCCGGCGCAUCGCCAAAUUAUUUAACGGAUUUCUUGGGUAACGCGCCCGUUUUGUGUAUGUACGCCAAUGAAGGAAUAGUUCCUAUGGUUUCUUUGCUAUUGGAAUUUGGUGCAGAUGUGGAGCUAACCAACAGCCAGGGUUGUACUGCUUUAUCGUUAGCAUCAUCCAGAGGGCACUGUGAUGUUGUUCGACAAUUAAUUGCUGCGGGAGCCAGCCCUGGACAUGCGGAUACAGGAGGAUAUUGUCCACUGGUACACGCAGCCAGAAACGGUUGUCUUAAUGUCGUCGGGUAUCUUUUGGCAUGCGAUUGGGUGAUUAAAAACCCAGAGGAUAUGGAAUUGGUUGAGGCUGCCCAACAGGCUUUAAUUGCUGCAUCUAGUCAGGGCCAUGUCGAAAUCGUCGAAUACUUAUUGGAUAUGGCUGAAAUUAAUAUUGAUCUCCCGGAUACAAUUACCGGCGAAACUGCGUUAACCAUAUCAGCUGCGAACGGAUGCCAUAACGUUUGUUCGGCAUUGAUUAGUAGGGGCGCAAAUUUCUCGGUUACCAACAAACGGGAGAUGGCACCUCUGCAUUUGGCGGUAAAGGAGGGACAUUGGGCUGUUGCUGAAAGGCUCAUACAGAAUCACGCUGCAAUUGAGCAAGCCGACAACGCCGGAAGAUCCCCACUUAUGCUAGCUUCGGCUGAUGGUCAUGUAGGACUUAUUGAACUACUAUUGGAUAAAGGUUCCGAUAUCCACAAGGAAGAUCGAGAAGGACUCACACCGUUAUGCUGGGCUUGCUUAAGAGGGAAACAGCAAGCAGCUCAAACGUUAUUGGAAAGAGGAGCACAUAUCAAUCACACCGAUAAAACCGGAAGAACACCACUUGAUCUAGCAUCCUUUCAAGGAAAUCCCACAUUGGUGCAAUUUUUACUCGAUAGGGGAGCUGUUAUAGAACACGUCGAUAUCAAUGGAAUGCGCCCACUAGAUAGAGCGAUUGGAUGCAGAAAUAUUCACGUGGUGCAAUGCUUUCUUAAGAAAGGAGCUAAAUUGGGCCCUGCGACAUGGGCAAUGGCAGCAGGCAAACCCGAAAUCUUGCUUAUCCUUCUCAAUAAACUUCUAGAGGAUGGUAACAUUCUAUACAGAAAAAGUAGAUUGAGAGAAGCCGCCCAUAGGUACCAAUAUGCUUUAAAGAAAUUUCCCACUGAAGAUCAAGGAGACCAUAACAAAGCCUUUCACCAAUUGCAGAUCAAUUUUCUCCUUAAUUUUUCCCGAUGCAAGCGAAAAUUAAACGAGUUCGACGAAGCCAUAGAGUUGGCCAACGAAGCCCUGGCAAUGAAAUUCGAUUCUUACGAAGCUUAUUACGCGCGGGCAAAGGCGAGAUUAGAUCUUAAGUUAUACGAGAGUGCCUUGGCAGAUGUAAAGGAUGCAAUAAGAUUGGCGCCUUCCAAGAACGUGGAAGUCAAAAAAGUUUUAUCUUAUUUACAUGAUGAUAUAACGAACAGAAUGUCAAACAAGAAUCCUAGAAUAGGAAUGGCAAAAGAUUUUGCUGUAUCAGUUGAUACUUUACACGAAUAAUUUGUUGAUAUUUAUUAACAUAUGUAUACGGUGCCUUUGAUGUGCAUUAUUGGGAAGACUGAUUAUUAAUUCAAAAUUUAAAAGUUUUGUGAAUAGAUGUAGGUUUAGCUUGCAUUGUAUAUAUUUUAAAUUUAUUUAUUUUUCUCUGUUGUCAAAUUUGGGUUUACUUAUCAUUCCCGGGAAUUAUUUAUCCUGUUUGUUUGUUUGUUAUUUAUUUUAGUUUAUAUUAUUUUUUAUUUAGAGUCUACAACUUUAUAGAUCAAUUUUUGAAUUUAAAUGCAAUAAUGGUGGAAGAAUUCUAUUUUAUACUUGAUGCUUUAACUAUGUUAAUCAAUUAGUUAAGAUGAAAGUUUUUGUGUGUAAAUUAUUUAUCCUAUGCCAAAAUAUUGCCUUAAUGAUUAAAACAUUUUAUCUUUGCUAUAAUAAAUUUCCAAAGUUAUUAUAAAUAAUAAUAACGUUAUGAAACCAGUGAUAAGAUGUUUUUAUAGAGAAAUGCAAUACAAAAUUUGAAGUGUUAAUUU